ACUAUUUUCCACUUUUUUGUUUUUUUUUUUUUUUUUUUUGGUGUCAGUGGCUGCCUAUGAUCAUGCUAGCAGUCAUGUCUGCAAUACUCUUAGACAGUUCCUCUUGCUAAAAAAUAAAAAAAAAAAUAAAAAAAAAGAAGAAAAAAGAAAACCACAGUUCCUCUCACCAACUUUACGUUUUCUCUUCCAAGUUACAUACAAAGAGAUAAAUAUCUAAGCGCUUUUGUAGAGAGGAGAGGAUUUUAGCAGGUAAGACUCAAGAUUGAGCAACUAGAGAGAAAGGGAUGGAGAAAAAGGUUUUGUUGGUGUGCUCUGUCUUGGGAUUGUUGGGUCUUCUAUCAGCUGCCUCUGGUUUUGGUGCAGAGGGUACUAGGAUUAAGGGUUCUGAGGUUCAAUUUACCUCUACCACUCAAUGUGCAUACCCUCGGAGUCCUGCUAUGGCUCUUGGUUUAACUUCUGCAGUUUCUCUUAUGAUAGCUCAAAUAAUAAUAAAUGUUACAACAGGUUGUAUUUGUUGCAAAAGAAGCCCCCGACCUUCCAACUCUAAUUGGACGAUAGCACUGGUCUGCUUUGUCGUUUCCUGGUUCACAUUUGUUAUAGCAUUUCUUCUGUUGCUCACUGGUGCUGCACUUAACGAUGAACAUGGAGUAGAAAGCAUGUAUUUUGGUAACUAUUACUGUUAUGUUGUUAAACCAGGAGUCUUUGCUGGUGGUGCCGUCUUAUCUUUUGCAAGUGUGACCCUUGGAAUUCUCUAUUAUCUCACCUUAACUUCAGCAAAGAACAAUACCCCUCUGUGGGGUAGUUCUGCUCCUAAUCAGGGGGGCAUAGCCAUGGGACAACCUCAAUUUCCACCACAGAAUUCGCAAGAUCCAGUUUUUGUACAUGAAGACACUUAUAUGAGAAGACAGUUCACCUAAUGUUGGCAAAUAUUUCAGCCCAAACACUUCUAGCAAUUCAUGUUCUUAGCAUCAAUCGCAGGGCAAUAUGCUGUUAUCAUCAGCAUUUUGGGGGGUUUUCUAGCUUUCAUUUUGGUCCAUUUUCGGCAUUGGUAAAAUCACUGUUUAUUUUGGAGUAGGUGGAGGGUUCCUUAGGAUUGUAUACAGAACAGAAUGUGUUUCUAUAUGAGUUGGAUGGAUUCUAUUAAAUCUAAUAGGGAAAAUGUUUAUGAAGCUUAUUUCCAUGAAUGCAGGCAUGAGAAAUGCGUGUAAGUAAAAUAUUUUAGGCACCGUAGAAUCUGCAAUUAUUUAAAAUAUUAUCUUUAGUGCUUUUUGGGCAUGCUCAGUUGGAUAUAAACAAUCAAUUAUUUCAGUAACUCUCUGGUUUAUAUUGCAUUUAGAAUGAGUUAUUGAUGCUUCA